AUCACUGACACAUGACACACAGUGGCACAGUUUCUGUCACUUGCAUAUGUUGUAUGUCGUUAAAAUUGCGUCAUGAAUGAUAGCGAUAUUAUACAUUUGAUGUAAAUAUUUUGAACGAUUCUAGUGUUACAGUUUUAUUCACAAGCAAGAAUUAUGUUUUAUGUUCAACAUACGACAAACAUGAGCAUCGCGAGAUAAUUUUGAUGACUAUAUUCAUAAAGCGAGCAUGUGCAGAAAGAAAGUUCAAAGUGACAGACAAUUUAGCAACGUGGAUUAUACACAACUUACAGAAACCGAUAAUGGUUUCUUUGAUUCACAAUUUGUAAGCCCACCAGUGAAGAUACCAUGGAAGGCUAUUACAUUAGCGGCUCUCCUAUUUGUUGGAGGAACCGUUAUGCUCAUUAUGGGAAGUUUGAUUGUGAGUGGGCACAUUGAUUCAAAAUAUUCGGAUCGCAUGUGGCCAGUGAUAAUUUUAGGGGCCUUGAUGUUUAUACCAGGAGCUUAUCAUAUGAGGGUAGCUAUUUUAGCAUAUCAGAAAGUACCUGGCUAUUCUUUUGAUGAUAUACCUGAGUUUGAUUGAAUGAUCAUGUAUAUAUGCACAUAGUAUUUAUUUAUUAAUUUUAUAUUGUGUAUUGAAAAAUGUGUGCAUUUAAUAAUAUAAGAAAUCUUUUGUUUUUAUGCAGUAGAUAAAAAAUUACUAUAUCUAAAAAAUAUAUAGAAAAUAUAUGUAAAAAAAAUUGCUUUUUUUCAUCUUACAUUGAAGCAUUUAUAUGUAUACUUAAAUAUUUCCUUAUUAGGAAAAGAUAUUGUAUAAAUUGUGUAACACAAACGUAAUACUGCAGGUAUUUUUUAUAAAACACUUAAAAUCUAUAAAGAUUCGCAUGUGCUAAUAUUUCAUAUAAUUAAUACAAGUAUCAAAAACCUACUAUGGAUAUAUUACAAAUAUGAUUAAAAUAUUUUCAAAAUAUAGAUUUAUCUGUGUGUAUUUACAAAAACAACUGUGAUUAUAGUAUCAAAAUAUAUAUUCACUAUAAAAUUCUGUAAAAUUGUAUGUUUAUAUGUGCUCAUAUACUGCUGUUUUAAACUUGAUAAAUGUGCACUGUUAAUGAGAAUUAAUUAUCAUAUAUAUGUAUACAUGUACACAAACAUACAAUAAAAAUUCUUUAUUCUUAAACGCUUAA